ACUACCACGCCUACUCAUUAUCUAUCCAUGUCCAGUUAUAUAACUGCAGUCAAGUCUUAGGUCUAGUCUAGUUCAUUGCGUACGUGACCGGAACCAUACAGACAUCACGGAAGCCUCUGUAUACACGUUGCAUUUCCAGUCACCAUGGUACCAGUUAGUAAGGAGUAUGGAUAUGUGGUUCUCACUGGCUGUUCCUCGUUCUUCCUCAUGUCAUACCUCUCACAUAAUGUGGUAAAAGCUCGCAUCAAGUACGACGUGCAGUACCCUAAACUAUACAGUGAUGAUCCUGAGACUGGCACAAUCUUCAACUGCAUCCAGAGGGCACAUCAGAACACAAAUGAGGCCCUGACUCCUUUCUUGUUCUUCCUGUCUGUUGGGGGCGUUCAGCAUCCACGUGUUGCCAGUGCUUUAGGAAUGGUCUGGAUUAUCAGCAGGGUGGUAUUUGCCAAAGGAUAUUAUACUGGAGACCCUGCUAAGAGGAGACGUGGGGCGUUCGGAGACAUCGCACUCACUGGACUCUUCCUGACUGCUGUGAAUUGUGGGAGACUUAUGCUGGGCUGGGUCUGGCAAUGAUUAACCAGCAUCCAGGAGAUAUGAAUGAACAUGCGGUGACCUGACCAAUCAAGCCAAAUGGCAAUUAUUUUGACUGACUAAGUCCUUAGCUACGUUUUUUUUUUUUUUUUUUUUACCUUUUUGGAUUAAGUCGAGGGAUGGACAGAAGUGGAGGCUGCUCCCAACUGGCAUUCCAAACAUGUUCCACUGAUUCAAUGUUUGAAGAAAUUAUAUGCUGUAUUACUUUUGUGAACCGUUUGUGGUAGUUCCACAACUACUUCCAUUUGUCAACAUCAUUACACAAUGUAGUCAUUGAAGCAAAGUCUAUAGACUUGACAAAAGUCUAGUUUUUGUUCAUUGUCAUAUAAUUUAUAGAUAUUUAGGGGUGUAUGGAUGAUUUAUCCAACUAAAUGUAAGUAAUACAAGAUUUUGUGGUUAAUAAAAUAAGUGAUUUUAGGGACUGAUCUUCCUGAGUAUCAACCUGAA